AUGGAUCCCUACGACAGCGACUCCAGUAUUGACGAGGACUUUACCGAUACCGGGGUUCUUCUCGGGUACUCCGCGGAGGAGAUUAUCGAGGAUACCGUUAGCCAUUUGGGUGGUUUGCCAGCAUGGCUAGAUGAGAAGACUCCUCCUCCGGGAGAUUUCGCUAACUGCAAGGUAUGCAACAGUCCAAUGCUGCUGCUGCUUGAAUUGCAUGGUGAUCUGCCCGACCAUUUCCCAAAUGAUGAGCGCCGCUUGUAUCUGUUCGGCUGCCCUAGAAAACCAUGCAACCGCAAGCCAGGAAGUAUUCGCGCAUACCGUUCAGCCCGUAAGGUCAGCCUUGGCGCUGCACCAAAGCAAGAAGAAGAGAAAGAGACCAAGCCUGAGGAGGUUGCACCCCAACAACCGAAACAAGACCUAGGAGCAAGUCUGUUCGGCGCAACCUCUCUGACGAGCAGCGUAUCUGCAAACGCCAACCCAUUUUCUUCCAACGUCGGUUCUUCCUCUGCGGGAGAUAACCCAUUUGCGACACCUAAGCCAUCAGCAACUCCCGCUCAAACUUCCACCACCAAGCUCGCCGAAUCCUUCGCCGACAAGGUCAGACUCUCGUCUCCAGAGCCAUCGGCUAGUCCUGCUGUUACAGGUUUAAAAGCAACACCUGAAUCGGAAGGCUCCCUCGCACCCUGGCCUGCUCAAUCUGCAUUCCCGAACCCAUACCAAAACUACUACUUAGACGCUGAAUACGAGACUCUCUCGCGACCAUCCACACCAACAGUUCCCGACAAUGUGCAAAUCGAGCCAAUGGACGAAGAUGGUAGUGGCGGUGCAGACAUUAAAGAUGCCUUCGAGUCCGAACUCGACAAAGCAUUCAUGAAGUUCUCUACUCGUCUCUCUCACAACCCUGAACAAGUCCUGCGCUACGAGUACCGCGGUACGGCGCUGCUUUCUUCUUACGCGGAUGAGGUGGGCAAGCGUUUGCAUCCAGAGCACUCUGCUGGUCGUGUGACUACAACUGGUGGCGGCCAUAUGCCUCGGUGUGAAUACUGUGGUGCUGAGCGUGUAUUCGAGUUCCAACUUGUGCCGCAUGCUAUCAGUGUGCUAGAGGAUGGCCGUGCGGGUGUUGGUCUUGGAAAGGAUGACUCGGGCAUGGAAUGGAGUACUAUUAUUAUGGGUGUUUGUGCGAAGGAUUGCACACCUCAAACUAUUGGACAGCUUGGAUGGAGAGAAGAGUGGGCUGGUGUGCAAUGGGAGGAGAUGAAAUGA